AUGGCCAGCCGCGGGCGAGACGGUGCUCGCAGCCGUCCCGGAGACCCCGCCGGUGGCCUGAAAACGGCGCGAACGCCCCGCCGAGAAGAACCGACCGGAGGGACCGCGGACGCGGCGGAGACGCCGCGGGAGCUGCCGCGAUGGAUGCGGCUUUACUUCUACGGGAUGCACGGCGUGACUCUGGAUGUCCUGUUGUCAUCGUUACAGGGGGUUUUAAAUGAUCGGGACCCUAAGCUCGUGGGCUUUUCCUCUCUGUAUCUUUGUGCCGUGCAUUCACUGACCCACUUCGCGCUUGAGAAGAUCUAUCAAAAGAGGUGUUUCCGAGGUCGGCCUGUGGUGUUUCACCUUGUUUUCUAUCCGUCCGUCUACAUCGGGCUGCAGAUCCUGAUCGGGAACAUAAACACUUUGACCGAGCAGGUGAGGGUGGUAUCGGGGACGCAGCUGGCAGUGCACUACAUCCUGGCUCUCUACUUCGCCCAGGUGUUUCACAGGGGGCUGUCAAGGCUCCAGUAUCACCCCUCUUGCCCCAUCGACCUCCAGAGCGAAGCCGGGCCGGAGACCAGCGGUCACGAUCGGGCGCGUCCUCGGGGACUUCCCGGCUUUGUGCGGUUCUUGUUUUUCGGGAUGCAGGGCUUUCUGGACGAGGUGCUUUUCACCUCUGUCUUCAACCUGGUCGAGAAGUCGGACCGGACCCUCAGCGGCCACACGUCCCUGUGGUCUUUCCUGAUGUACGGCAGCUGCAGCUUCGUGGUGGAAAAGCUCUACCUCUACCUGCACUACAGCAGAGGCUGGGGGACGUGGCAGCGGCUCCCCAUCUACAUCUGCUUCAUCUACACCUGGGAGUUCUCCUGGGGUCUGGUCCUGAGGCAGUUCGACGCCUGCUCAUGGGACUACUCCCAUUAUCCUCACAACUUUAUGGGACUCAUCACCCUCCUCUACUUGCCCGGCUGGGUCUGCCUCAGUCUGUAUCAGGACGUGCUGUCUAAUGUCCUGCUGAGGAUCAAGUGCACCAAAGAUGGGAAUGAUUUGAGUGGGGAGAAUGGAGAAGUCAAUGGACAGCUGGAGUCAAAGAAUAAACUACUUUAAUUUUUCGUUUGUGAGGUUUUAAACACUUGCUCGGGCAAAUUUUGACCGACAUUUAACUGAUGGGGAAACAACAAGGCAUUAUUUAUUCUAAGAAAGAAAGUUAACAGGGCAUACAUUUAGUACCCAAACGGAUAUAAUGAGAAAAGAGACAGUUAGUGUUUGUCAACAGACUCAGUUUGAAUAGGUUUAAGAGGUACAACGGUAUAAUGUGGGACCAGGCUUCGCACACAACUCAAACCAUGGUUUGCCUUUGCCCACAUAUCCUAGCAUUUAGGAUAAUUACUUUGGCUUCAGACAGGAGGAGACAUACUUUGCCAUGACAACAGAAGUUGAAAUGUUGAGUAUAGCAUUUUGUGCAGUUAUUUUUGCAGUUUAGUCUGGAAUCGGGACAUUUGUUACCAAUAUGCAGAUGAGACAUUUUCCAGUUGUCAACUCUGCAAUGUCUGAUAUUUCUGGGUCCAUCCUUGACAGUAAAACACAAAUAGGACCCUAUUUGUUUAUCUAACCUGUUUGAAUUCAGUCAGCCCACUGCCAUUUUUAUCUAUCUGAUGUAAGAUGUAGUUGUACUAUUAACCAGUUUUACAAGUCUUCAUGACUGGUGGGAAUAUUCCAUCUUUUUGAAUAAUUGCUUUGGCAGACUUUAUACAUUACAUGCCUUGUAGCAGGUCUAUCUUGGGUGGGAUUGAUUAUGUCAUUUACAUAUGCACUAGUAUGCUUUAACUAUAGCUCAUAUUUGCAUGCUAAACAAAUACAAAAAGUAGAAAUAAAAUAAAACAUAAAAAAAAGAACUGGAAGGUUUUGUUUCAUGUUAAUGAUUUAGGUUUUGUUCCCCAAAACCCAUGUAUUGCCAUCUAAAAUUCAAAAGUCAGUAUUUUCAAGACAAAGAAAAUAAUAAAGUAACAGUUAAAAGGCCAGUAUCCAUUAGCUCCAUCUUCUUUCAUGCAAAUAGUCGGUUUUUAAACAUUCAUCUCAUUUUAUUUUUUGAAUUGUUCAGUGUUAUAUUUUGAAACAUAUUCCCAAUUUCCACUCAGCUUAUUAUUAUGAUCCCAGAGUAAUGCAUGGCAACUAUUAGAGUGGAGAUAAACCUAGUAAUAUACGUAGCAAGAGAAAACCUGUAGCUGAAUGGAGACGAGGAGCCAAGUGAGAUUUGACCGUGAAUCCUUCAUGAACCAAACAAUACUUUGCUGGAGUGCCUUACUCUGUGAACUGCCAUGACAGGCUCUCAGUCAGUGAGGUUGAAUUCUUUACUUCAUCAGUAAUGAGAUUACUUCCACAGAAAAAUGAUGGGUAUUUUUUCUUAUCUCAAAUGAAAAGAAGAGUUGAUGAAAUUUACAGAUUACUAUGUUCUUUAACCCAACGUAAGAAUUUUUUAUAGUUCCAAUCUUAGUCGUUAGCUUUAGGUUAGUUAGCUUUAUAGUGGUCUCAUAUACCUUCUGUGCGAACCCAAUCUAAGUACCUUGCACUGUGACAUCUUAGCAAACUUGUCAACUCUGUACAAGUGACUAAAGGUACUUUGGAGUUGGUUGCUGAAAUGAAGCAUCUGGUGAACUGACUAAUUUUUCCAGCAGCUGUAGGUGUUUCACUCCCACGGUAGUAUUUCAAGUCAGUGCAGAAAUCAAUCUGUGGUGUGUAAUUUAAUCAUACUUUACUUUUGUGUUGUGUUAUUCACCAAUUCUCAACCUUUGAGAAAAGGUGUGAAAGAUUGGAAUAAAAUGCAAAUUGAAGUAAAUGACUGAUUUGCAAUGGCAUGCACUGCAUUGCUU